UGUUUCGUCUGAGACUGAGCUUUUUGGUUCUGAAUCUGAAUCCGAGAGAUUCGAUUCCCGACCUGCCGGAAAACCCGACCCGCCGAGCCCGCAGACACCCAUAAUCUAACCAGAUCUUAUCAGAUUCCUUCAGAUCUCUCUCUCUCUCUCUCUCUCUCUCUCGCUCUCUUCCCGUUGCCCAUCUCCAACAUCAAUCCAUUCACCCCCGCAUUCGCGGCAAAUUCAUCUUGAACUUGCCCAUUUCAUUGUUCGAAUAGCGUGUAAUCUUGGCAUCGAAAAUUUCGCGUCUUGCUUUGGGAGCGAUCCGUUUGAUUGAUGCUUCGACUUGGAUCCUAGCGAUCGGAGCGGGUUGAAUCGGAGCUCUCGGUGGAAUCGAUGGGAUCCUCUCACUCGGUUCAGGAAGUGAGGGACGAGGACGAGAGCCAAGAUGGAGAAGACGACGACGAAGAAGAAGAGGAGGAUGAGGAGGAAGACGGGAAUGCGGUGCUCAGUAGGAACGAAAUGAGCAAUACCCACCUGGUGAAGAAGGUGCUGGAGCAAGAGCCGGAGAUGUUGCCGUGCUACGCGUCGGCGUCGCCGCUCUCUCCGCAGCUCUCCACCCUCGGGACGCCGCGGAUGGGGCCGUCGAUCAAGGUCUGGGACCCCUACAACGUCCUUGCGCCGCCCCCGCCGCUGCCCCCACCUCCACCGGUGUUCUCUCGGAGCUUCUCCUCGAGCACGAUGGAGGAGGACCGGAGCGCGACGGAGGUGUUCUUGAUCAGCCACGGUGAGUGCGAGGCCAGUUUGAGGCCGGAUUUGAUCGGUGGGCGGUGCGCCGCCGCGGGGCUGACAGCCAACGGGAAGCGGCAGGCCAGGGCCUUGGCCGUGCUGCUGAAUUCGCACUGUGUCCGGUUCUGCGCGGUUUAUUCUUCGCCGCUGGAUCGAGCAAGGUCGAUGGCAGCUUUGGUUUGCCAGGAAAUGAAUGUUUCCUCGGAACAGAUUCAGUUGUCAGAUGCGCUUACAGAGAUGAGCCAAGGUCAAUGGGAGGGAUUGCCUGUGUCAGAAGUAUAUACGCCUGAAAUUUUGGGUGUAAUGGAGAGACUUCAGCCUGAUUUUUCUGCGCCAGGUGGAGAGUCACUUAGGGAGGUGGAGUUCCGAACUGUUCACUUCUUAAAUGGAACCGUGCUCAGUCUGCCUGAGAAGUUGCGCUUGGAUUUCUCUCUCCACGGUGCAAAUGAGAACCAUCGAUACUCCCACCAGAAUGCAUACGCUUCGUCUAAUUUUAUCGGUGAUCGAGAUGGGCCGUCCCUCCCAUCACCCCGAUCCGAUGUGCUUCAUCACAGGCACCGGCAGGGAUUUGUGAAGAAAAAAUCUGGUAAGAGCAGGCUUCAGUAUGUCACUACUACUGGAGAUCAUGAUCCCGAAGACGAAAAUUCUCCUCAGGAAGUGCAUCCCCAGAACACACUGCACGAUCUAAGUGAAAGGAGCUCUCUUUCCAGUAUUUCCUCUUGUGUCGGUAUAUUUACGCAUCCAACCACGAUAAAGUGUCUAAUCACGGGGAUUAUGGGUUGCAGUCCGCUAAUGUCUCAUAAGAUCUGCGUGGAAGAUUCCUCGGUGACAGUCUUACAGCAUUCCUGGAAAACAGGUUGGCAGAUAAAAAGACUGAAUGAUACCUCGCACCUGAGGCUCCUUUAGAUGGAGAACUAAAAGACUGAAUGAUACAGACGCAAAGCUCGGUAUCGAGAAGAUUGGGGAUUGAUUAUCAAGUUAAAUCCCACGUCAAUCUGGUUAAUGUUUUGGAUUUGUAUGUUUGAGUGAUUCUUUUUUCCUCUGCAAACACUUGCAAUGAUGUUGUAUCCUGCCAUAUAUUUAUUCCUCCAUGCUCAUGAACUCCGAGCAA